UACUUUGGUUAAGUUAUGCAUAAUUGGCGAAGUCUUCCGAACGGAAUGUUUGUUGUCCAUUAUGACUGACUGAAGACGGAAAGAAACUUUUCUAGGUUUAAAUCUUAUAACGAAAUAAAAAUAGCUUCGAAUGAAAUGCGGAAAUGCGUAAAAAGGAUCACUAACCGUGAUGGAAUGCCUAUUGCCAGUUCUUUGGACAAUCGUUUAUGCUUCUAUAUGUUCGAGAUUUACUCAUGCCGAAAACUUUGGAAAUUUUAAAAACAUCUUAUGGUCGACUUGUUUAGAAUCAAGAAAAGAGGCACUUUACUUUAUGAAACUUUCUAUUCAACAGUGUAUUAAGGAAUGUGCUUUGAGAAGUGCUUGUGAAUUUUUAGGGUACGAUAUGCGGCUUCGCCGAUGUGGGUUGUAUUUUAAUGAGGAUUUCAACAAUAAAGAUGAAAAAGGGGGCACGUGCGCGUUCAUUUUUCGAAGGGAUUUGAAUCUCCAAGAGAUUGCAUCAGUAUGCUCUUGCAACAAUGGACAAGUGUGUAGUUUGAACAAUGGACACUGCCUAAUCAAAGAGUGUCAGGCGUUUUAUUUUGAUAAUGGAAUUGCCUACGGAAAUGUGCGUCAUGUAAAUGCAAAGGCACGGAUCAAAUGUCAAGAUGGAUAUAGAGAAAUUAACGGAGUUCAAGAGGUCACGUGCAACAACGACGGUUACUGGAGUUACCUCCCGUCUUGUGUUUUACAAUCAAGUUCAACAGCAACAGUCACACCAGGUCCGACGACUGAAGAAACAACGACAGUUGUAGAAACAACAUUUUCCACAACAACAACGGUUGGAGUAACAAUAUCUACCGCCGCAACAACAUGUGCACAAACACCAUCUUUUUCAACAACAACAUCAACUCCUUCACCAACAACAGUAUCCACCGCAACAACAAUGGCUGUUACAACAAUAACAACAACAGGUGCACCAUCUCCUACAUCAACAACACCACCAUCUCCUACAACAACAACACCACCAUCUCCUACAACAACAACAACAACAACACCAUCUCCUACAACAACAACACCACCAUCUCCUACAACAACAACAACACCAUCUCCUACAACAACAACACCACCAUCUGCUACAACUACAACACCACCACCAUCUCCUACAACAACAACACCACCAUCUCCUACAACAACAACACCACCAUCUCCUACAACAACAACACCACCAUCUCCUUCAACAACAACACACCACCAUCUCCUACAACAACAACACCACCAUCUCCUACAACAACAACACCACUACCUCCUACAACAACAACACCACCAUCUCCUACAACAACAACACCACCAUCUCCUACAACAACAACACCACCAUCUCCUACAACUACAACACCACCACCAUCUCCUACAACAACAACACCACCGUCUUCAACAACAACAACAACAACUCUGCCAGCUACAACAACAACAUAUGCUACGCCUGUAACAGUUUGUCCAUCAGACCUCAGUGAGUGGAUCACACCAAGUGCAGAUUACACGUCGUUUCAGGUCUUGUUUGUUGUACAGAAUGCAAAACGAGACCAAUCACAAACUGGAUGUGCAGGACACAGUUCAAGUCUUGUUAAAAUCAACGCACUAUGGAAGCAAAAUGCCUUAGCAGCCUCGCUAGAAAACU